AUGGCCUCUGCGGCGACAGCUGAGCUGGGUGUGGACAAGAGGCGGGUGCGGGAGCAGGUCAAGAAGGCGCUGCGGCAGCUGAGCGCGGAGCAGAUGGCAGAGGAGAGCCGCCUGAUUGCGGCGCGCAUGCUGGCCAGCGCUGCCUUCCGCGACUCCCCCCAUGCUAUCAUCUACGUGCACUGCGCCAAGCUGCGCGAGGUGGACACAACCGCCAUCCUUGAGGCGGCCAUGGCGGAGCACAAGCGGUUGUACGUGCCGCGGGUGCAGGACAAGGAGGCCAACAUGCACUUCCUGCACCUGGACGGCUGGGGCGCGCUGCAGGAGGUGCCACCGUUUGGCAUCCGCGAGCCGCGGCCCACGUACGACGACGGGCGGGAGCGGCAGGACGUGCUGCUGGUGGAUGAGCCGCUGGAGCUGAUCGUGAUGCCUGGGCUGGCGUUUGACCGGUCCGGCCGCCGACUGGGCCGCGGUGGCGGUUACUACGACAAGUUCAUCUACUCGGCACAGGACCGCGCGGCGGCGCGGGGUUGGGCGCCGCCGCUGCUGGUGGCACUGUCGUUCCGGAGCCAGCUGGUGGAGCGGGUGCCGGUGGAGCCUCACGACGUGGGGGUGGAUGCCAUCGUGACGCCCGAUGACGUCAUCGCCUGCACCCCCGCCGGAGCCGCCGCCCUGCCGGCGUCGAGCGUGUCGUAG